AAAAAAAAAGUUCGGCGGCGCUAGCUCCUCCGCUAGUCACCUUUUCACCAGCGGAGAGGGAAGUAACGUUUGGAGGGUUUAACGAAAAACAAACGGGAGAGAGAGCGACGAAGGAGAGUUGGAGCGGUACACGGAGAGUUGCGGGAAAGAGUGACCGUACGCCGCGUUUGGAAGCUCAACGUGCGGGGGGGAAAUACUCACGAGUGCUCGGAAGUUUGUGUUUACUGAUGUUGCGCUGGCUAGCUCGGUUGGCCCUGUUAGCUUGUUAGCGAGGAAGGUGCGCGCUGCUCGGACUGUUGGACAUCGUUUUCCAAACUCAACAGGCGAGUUCAGACAGAGGGACACGCAGCUGGUCGUGUGCUGAUAUUUAAAAGAAAAGUGUUUUGGCGGAUGUUGCGGCUGUUUGCUGCUUUGUCUGUCAAACAAACGUUAGUGCGGGCCACGAGCUUUUUGGGAGUCUCGUGGGGUCGUUGUCAAACCCAAAACAGCGAAAGAGAGGAAGCGCACGUUAAAGCUUUUUGAUAUCAAACGUGCUCCCUCUUUGACUCCACGGAUGAGCCAUCAGGUCUGUCUUAAGUCUCGCAUCGUCGGACCUGCGACCCGUCCUCCUCAUCGGACCUAGUUGAUCGUCUUCGCCCGUGAUGGGCCCCCUGUUCAGCUAGUACGACGCGUGGAAACAAAUCAGCAGCUCCUCUAACCAUGGGAGGAUGUGUGGGGAGAUACUGGGAAGGCUGGGAGGACACGCAGAGCCGAGGCUCGUCCAGGAACGGUGGGCGAGGAGGACGUAACGAGCCUCUAAAGAAAGAUCGCCCCAAGUGGAAGAGCGACUAUCCGAUGACCGAGGGUCAGCUACGGAGCAAGAGGGACGAAUUCUGGGACACGGCGCCGGCUUUCGAGGGCCGCAAGGAGAUCUGGGACGCCCUGAAAGCUGCAGCCGUGGCCCUGGAGUGUAACGACCACGAGCUGGCUCAGGCUAUAGUGGAUGGAGCCAGUAUCACACUGCCACACGGUACUCUCGCCGAGUGUUAUGAUGAACUCGGGAACCGCUACCAGCUGCCCGUCUACUGCCUGGCUCCACCGGUCAACCUCAUCUCAGAGCGCAGCGACGAGGACCCCAGCGACAGCCCAGAGCCCCCCGUAGCACCCAAAAAGGAAUUCCAGCUGAAGGUACGGCUCUCCACGGGCAAGGACCUACGUCUCAGCGCCAGCAUGGCUGACACCAUAGGUCAACUGAAGAAGCAGCUGCAGGCCCAGGAUGACAUCGACGCCGCCCACCAGCGUUGGUUCUUCUCCGGGAAGCUGCUCACGGACAAGACGCGACUGCAAGACACUAAGAUCCAAAAGGAUUUUGUCAUCCAGGUCAUCGUCAACCCACAGGCCCUCCAAGCCCCCAAGCUGUCACCCUCCUCGCCUGCAUCUGAAUAACUGACACGGAGGGAAGGGUGGAAGCCUGUAAAGGACCAGAGGUGCCUCUUCUUGCUGGAUAACUUGUUAGAUUUUUGAGAAUAGCUUUUAAACGAAAUGAACUGCAGAGGUACAAAACUACUUUGAAACAAAAACAUGAGGGAGAAACUCAGACAUGCUGCUUUCUUUCAUCUACCAUGUGUCAUUGUAUUUUUGGGUCUGCUGGGUUGUUCUCUAAGUGAAUCCAGUCACCACACUAACUCUGGAGGGCCUCGUCCCCGUGUCUCUUUGAACCACGUUGAAUAAAAGCGGAACUCAUCGUGCCGGUGUGCGUCCACAUCUAAAAUGUCAUGCUGCACACGCAGGCUCUGCCGCUGCCCUCGUAUCUGCACUAACGCUAACUUAAGUGCCAAUGGAAGAAGUGCAGAAGUGUUUGUGUCGGUUCUAAAGCACAUUUCUACUAUGACGCCCAUUGGACCCUGCACCGUGACCCAGUAACAGGAGAGGCCGGCAGAGAGUGAGAGAUACUGAACAUGUUUCUUCUUUAUUAUUUUUUUUCUUUCUUUCUUUCUUUUAUUGAGGAAAUAAUGUAAGCCGAGCUUUUUUGCACAUUUUAAGAUUAUUACUAUACUUUUGUGGUAGUUUGUGUGCCUUCUACAAGACGAAAAACAAAAAAAAGGGUCAAUGUCCUGAAAGAGACGCUAGUUUUACCUCUAGGCUAAGACUUCUGUAUUUUUUUAGAAUCAGGAACUCUUAGAUCAGUCCGAGCUAUAACUGCUGCCUUUUUUAAUGAUUUCAUGAAUCUCGCAGACAAAACAUUUGGUGUGUGUGUGCUGACGUGUGUGUGUGUGCGUGCGUGUGUCAGACGUAGCUCACAAAGACAAGACUGUUCCUCUUGGUGUAUAAGUCAUAGCUUUGCAGUCAAUCAUAUAAUUGUUACUGUUACUGAGAAUAAGUAAUUCCCAUGCACAGAUGACGGUCUUGAAGCUGCGUUAUUGACCACUCAGUGAUCCCCCCCCCAGACCACUAGGGGGCAGCAACACAGCCCUGUUCUAUUUAGUUUAGUUGCUGAGGGCCAGUUGAACUUUUUCUUGCCACCUGAUGAAUGUAAAUCUAGUGUUCACUCACCUUUUAGGCUUGAUGGGGUCCAAUAACUUAAGAAAAACAUGUUUGACAUUUAUCACCAGCAUAUCAUCGGCUUGUGUGAAGUUUAUAUGGAGGGAUGAGCCAAAACUACAAGCUGAGAGCCACGAAAAGUUGUAGAUCCGGGUGUCUCCUGAUGCGCAGUGAAACUGGCAGUACUAGCAACUUAAAAUAAAAGCAUUGCUUAAAGGGGCACUCUUUUUAUACAUGACACGGUUAGUACUAUUCAGCCUGUGAAAACAACAUGCAAUGUCCUCUGUGGCUCCAGGGGAGCCAUUUAUUGAGUCAGAGAAAAUGACCCUGAUGAGGUCACGGUGAUGUCAUCAAGGUUAUCUCAGCUUGCGUUUGGAAAACUGCAAAUUAUACAAGAAAAUAAAGGUCUGUUUUUUAAAAGAUGUGGGUGUUAGCGGGCAGUGAGGCUAAAACCAAAAGCCUUAUCCAGCUGCAUUUUGGGAAACGUAGGACCCAGUUCAGAAGACUGUAAGUCAGGAUAUCUCAGUCCCUGCUGCUUCUAUUGUCACCAUUUCUUUUCUGGAUGUCUCGCAAGUCCAAGUUUUUUUUUGACAGUUUAACAAAGCUGAAACAACAAAUUGAGAUUUAAUUGGAAAUCAUCCAGGAGUUUCCUCCUGACAAACCAAAGCAAAUGUAUCCAUUCAAUUUGUGUUAUGACCCUUUUCGGUUAACACCACUGCAGACACACUAGACUUGAAUUUAGUGUUCUCUGGAGGACAAAGGGAGUGACACCGUUUGUAACCACUCCAAACAUUUUGCUUGCUCAAGCAGAAUCAUUAAAAUGAACAAUUUGACGCUGAGCAGCCUCUUGCCUGUGUAUAGAAGUACAGACGUACGGACUGACACAUCAUCGUUGUUUAGGAAAGAUACUUGUUUAAUGAAAAAAAACCUACAGCUUUGCACACAUCAGCCACAUCUAGAAGUACCUUGAAUUUAUGCUGGCAGCUCAUGGCUGAAGUCUGACAGUCGGAGUGGUAGAAUCACACUGCAGCUUACAUUGCACAGUUUACACCCCCUUCAUCUGAGAUUACAGUUUAGUUUUGCAUUUUAAACCGGAGACAUUUACUAUACCUUUUGACUACAUGGGCAGCUUUUCUGAGCGGGGAGUUAGCACACAAGCCAACGUGACACAACUAAGAAAACAGAUGGUUUGAACAGUAUUUGAAGACUCCUCAGUUUGGUCCAUAUAAGCAAAGAAACGCUGCAAUGAUUAGAAUUUUUAACAGUAGCUUGUUGUGAAAUUUAACCACUUUUGUUAAAUACCACUGAAUUUAAACCACUGGAAUAUUUUCCUUUUGGAAACAAGCCCAAUUCAUAUAGUUUGAAUUCGCCAAAUAAAAUUUUUGUAAGCCAUCUUAGGUUUUGAUAUCUCCACUUGCUCAUCUGAACUCCUCUUUUUCUCGGAUCAUUUGAGCAACUUGACUGUAGUCUAUAAUUCUUUCUUCUUAGCCGUAUUUGACUCUGUUGGGCGGUCCGGCCAUCAUCAGGUCACUGUUCAUGACCAAAUCCUUAAACUAACCACUAACUGACAUUGGCCUCAGCUGUGCUUUGUGUUUAGAGCUUAUUAGCAAAUGUUAGCUUGUUCACAGACUAAACUUAGAUAGUGAACAUCGGUAUGUUAACAUUGUUAUUGCGUUGUUAGUGCAAAGCAUCGCAGUAUCUACCUACAGCCUUACAAAGAUGCUAGCACGCUGUAGAGUAGUGUUGUUAAAUCAGCUAAAUUACUUACUUAUUAAUUUUGACCAACUUGAAUAUGUAUUUUUAAAAUAUUUGACCCCUUUAUUUGAACCCUUUACAAAAUAAAGACAAAACAAAAAUGAUGUUCUAUAAAUUGCCCGCUUUAAUGUCAAAGAGGUGAAUUCAAACCACACAAAUUGAUGAAACAUAAAGAGGAGAAGCAAAGAUGCGAAAAUCCCUUUGCUCGCUCACUCCAGGUCAUGUCAGGUGUCAGAUCUGGGUUACAUCCCCGAAUAGAUAUUCAGGCGAGUCAGAGUUGGGAAUCAGGACCUGCUUUGUGAAUGCAGCCUGUAUUGUGUGUCUGUGUGUGUGCGUGUGUGUGUGUGUGUGAGAGAGUAUUUUCUGUUUUUCUCCAACCUACUCGCUUGAUGUGCUUCAUUUUCAUUCACUGCUCACAAGCUGUAUCACAGAGGGAAUAAAACUGAACCAUCAGUGUGAAAUCUGAGCCACAGCUCGCCACAUCAACAAGAUGUUUUAUUCUUUUCUAUCCACUUCCAGCUAAUCACAAUCACUUUUUAUGGUUGUUUCCAGGCUUUUGUUGGUUCUUCGGGGGAGGGGGGGGUUCUUCAUCAUUGUAUGCAAACUUGAAUAAGCAUUUUUCUCUGUAUGUGCAAUACAAUAGAGAUAGACCUCAUAUCGUUUUUGUUUUGUUCUUCUGAUUCUACAGAUUUCAUGGAGCACCAGCUAUGAGUAUUGUUAUUGUGCAGGCACAGGCCUGCUAUGAGCUGAUGCCUCUGUUAACUGUUUCAAAUGUUCAUGUUUGUCACUUUGAAAAUGUAUUCUAUGCUGUUGUCUUGGACGUUCAGAUGGACUCUCACCUUUUCACAGAGUAAAUAUCUAAACAUUAAAAAUGCCUACACGA